UUGACGAGAGCAGAGGAUGGAGCUCAAGGAAGACCAACAAAGACAAUCAGAAUGUGCAGAGGCUUUGUUGGAUCUCCUGCAGACAACCGAGAGCCCAGAACCGACACAGCCCCCGUCUGACAGCCCACAACCAGAGGACACCAGUGGGAUAUUAAAUGACCAACAAGAUGCAGGAUGCCAGACUGAUUUAACGAUGGAGGACAUCGAGAGCAUGGAGGAUGUUCUGAGACAGAACACAACAGAGCUGGGAGAUCUUCGGACAAAGGCACUGGACACAAAGUUCAACCAGGAGUCCUUUGAGAACAACGAAGAGAAGACAAAGUUUUACACCGGGCUCCCCAACUUCUUAGUUUUACUUCAGGUUUUUCAACUGUGCGAGCCCUACAUCACCUGUGGCCCUAUGUCUGUGCUCUCCAAAUUUGAACAGUUCAUUUUAGUUUUGCUGAGGCUGAGACUAAAUCUUUUACUGUGCUUCACUAAAGAUACCUGCAUUCACCGGGGGGAAAAGUCAGCUGUCCACAUCACGCACAAUUCUCUCUACAAAGAGGUCAUUUUUAGUCCAGACAACAAAGUCGCAGUAGUCAACGUCAACGACGUGGAGCUGAGCCUGUACUUGAUGCUUCACAGUGCCCCCAUCGUUGACGAGACAGAAGCCCUGUUCUCCAGCACACAGGCGAAGAUUGGCCUCCUCUUAUUUGCUGUGUGGGCACUAAAAGUUCAAUGA